CGAGCUACAGAACGAGCGAGGGGAGUCAAGAUGGCGGACCUCGAGGACGUUACGCUGGACGGGAGGCCGCUCCAUUCGCUCCGGGUGGCUGAUUUGAAAGCGGCGCUGGAAGAGAGAGGGCUUCCGAAAAGCGGUCAGAAGAAUGCUCUCAUUAAGAGGCUCAAGGGGGCUCUCAUGUUGGAGAACCUUCAGAGAACCUCCACACCUCACAUUGGUCUGCAACCUAACUCCCGGAUUGGGGAGGAGAUGAGUCAGAACAGCUUUAUUAAACAGUACCUGGCCAAACAACAAGAGCUUCUCAGGCAGCGCUUGGAGAGAGAAGCACGAGAGGCUGCAGAAACUGAUGGAACCGAUCAGGAAGACCAUACUGAGGCAAAUGAUAGCACAAUCUCUCCUGCCCCUAACCAGAAUGCUGAACCUUCCUUGGUUGACCAACACAAACCUCUCACUACAGCAAGUGAGGGCGAUGAGCUUAGAAAAGAGAAAGAGAUGCUAGGGCAGCCGUCCCACUCUGCUCCUGCCCCGCCUGCCGGAAUAGCAUCUUUGUCAGUGAGGGUUGUUGGUGAAAGAAUGCCAACCUCAAGCCAUGUACAAGUCGAUAGUGAUGAUGAUAGCGAUGACAAUGAUGACGAGGAUGAGGAGUGGAACAUGAAUGCACGGAGUUGCCGUGCAGAACCGCUUAAAAGCCAACCUGUGAGGGAAAGAUCUGGUGGCUCACAGCAACAGCCACAGCCACCCCCCCAACACAUACCCUUACUAUCACAGCAGCUCAGACAGCCCACUCCUCCCCCAUCCCCUCCACCUGAACUCUCUUUCCCCCUUCCAGACACCCCUAAACAGAGCCCUCCAAGUCCGGGUGAGCCCCCAUCUAGGCAGCACAUGUCUAGCUCUUCUAGCUCUGGUAGUUCGAGUAGUGACAGUCGUAGCAGUAGCCCUGAACCAGCUGGUGAUUCCACAGGACGCAAGCCAGGACCUCUGACCUUACUGGCAAGAAAAAUGGCAUCUGAAGGAGCUUUUUCUGGGACAGUCAAGCAUGAAAGGGAGGGAGUAGAUGGUCAAGCAGAAAGAGGCCACCAAGAGGCAGGUGUUUCUACAGUUACCCGCACAGCUAAUGCAGCAACAGUUAUGACCUACCCUGGCUCUGUAAUCUCCAAACAGGGCGUUAAGGGCACUUUUCCACACUGUAAGGCUCCCGUAAGUGUUGUCAGGACAGCAGUGAUGGAGGAGAGGGAUGCCACGAAGCAGGAGCAAGAAAAGAGGGAAAGAGAAAGGGAGCAAGAGAGGUUGAAAGCCCUUGAAAAGGAGAGAAAGGAAAGGGAGAAGGCUUUAGAAGAACAAAAAGCACAAGUAAAGGAAAGACAGGAACGUGAAGCAGCUCGGGAGAGGGAAGAGAACGAGAGGGCUUUGCAGCGAGAAAGGGAGAAGACUUUGGAACAAGAGAGACUGGAAAGAGAAGAAGCUUUGGAAAGGGAGAGAGCAUUAGAGCGAGAAAGACUGGAGAAAGAACAAGCUCUGGAACAAGAAAGGCAAGACAAGGAGAGAUUGGAGAGAGAAAGGCAAGAAAGAGAGCAAGCUUUGGAGAGGGAGAGGCAGGAGAAAGAAAGACUAGAAAGAGAGCAAGCUUUAGAGAGAGAAAGACUGGAAAAAGAGAGGCUGGAGAAAGACAGACUAGAAAGAGAGCAAGCUUUAGAGAGAGAAAGACUGGAAAAAGAAAGGUUAGAAAGAGAGCAAGCUUUAGAGAGAGAAAGACUGGAAAAAGAAAGGUUAGAAAGAGAGCAAGCUUUAGAGAGAGAAAGACUGGAAAAAGAAAGGUUAGAAAGAGAGCAAGCUUUAGAGAGAGAAAGACUGGAAAAAGAAAGGUUAGAAAGAGAGCAAGCUUUAGAGAGAGAGAGGAAAAAGAAAGAAAGGCUAGAAAGAGAGCAAGCUUUAGAAAGAGAUAGACUGGAGAGAGAGAAGCAAGAAAAAGAAAGGCUAGAAAGAGAGCAAUCUUUAGAGAGAGAAAGGCAGGAGAAAGAAAGACUAGAAAGAGAGCAAGCUUUGAAGAGAGAAAGAUUGGGGAAAGAAAGAGAAAAAGCUUUGGAGAAAGAAAGAUUGGAAAAAGAAAGGCAAGAAAGAGAAAAAGCUUUGGAGAAAGAAAGGCAAGAAAGAGAAAAAGCUUUGGAAAAAGAAAGGCAAGAAAGAGAAAAAGCUUUGGAAAAAGAAAGGCAAGAAAGAGAAAAAGCUUUGGAGAAAGAAAGGCAAGAAAGAGAAAAAGCUUUGGAGAAAGAAAGAUUGGAAAAAGAAAGGCAAGAAAGAGAGAAAGCUUUGGAGAAAGAAAGAUUGGAAAAAGAAAGGCAAGAAAGAGAGAAAGCUUUAGAGAAAGAAAGGCAAGAAAAAGAGAAAGCUUUGGAGAAGGAAAGAUUGGAGAAAGAAAGAGAGAAAGCUUUGGAGAAAGAAAUGCAAGAAAGAGAGCUAGCUUUGGAGAGAGAAAGGCAGGAAAGAGAGCAAACUUUGGAGAGAGAAAGACUGGAGAAAGAAAGGCAGGAAAGAGAGCAAGCUUUGGAGAGAGAAAGGCAAGAAAGAGAGCAAGCUUUAGAGAAGGAGAGACUGGAGAGGGAAGCUGCUUUGGAGCGUGAACGACAAGAAAUAGAGAAGGCCAAGGAACAGGAGAGGCUGGAAAGAGAAAUUGCUCUGAAACGCGAGAGACAAGAGAAGGAGAGGCAGGAGAGUGACAGACUUGAGAAGGAGAAAGUUUUGGAACAAGAGAGGUUCCAGAGAGAACUAGCUCAAGAGCAUGAGAGAGAAGCCCAGAAGAAAGCAGAAGAGAAGAAUCGAGUGUUGGAAAAAGAGAGAGUAGAGAAAGAGAAGGCUUUGAUAGAAGAGAAGCAGAGAGCCCUGGGGGAGAAAAGACUUUUGGAACAACAAAGAGUGCAGGAGGAAAAAGAAAAGGCUUUGAAACAUGACAAAGAGGAACAAGAGAAAGAAAGGGAGAGCCGUUUUCAUCCGUGGAAGCGUGGUCGUGAUAUCUGUGGUCUCUCCCAUUCAGUUGCCCAUCCUCUCGAGAGUCCAUCAUCAGAGAAGCCUAAUGAGAAUAAGGCAGAGAAAUCGCAAAGUGCCAGCAAAGAUGCUCGAUCUAUAGAGCCUGUCGAACAACAGCCACCAAUGCCAUUAUCCCCUCAAUCAUCUUCCAAGAAGUCCCGGUUCCUCAGAAAUACUCCUCUCCCAUCCUCUCCAACUUCUGUUCUGAAGAGACCUUGUACCUUCUCAGACAUCCCUACUUCCCAAGCCCCUUCCAUUCCGUUAGCCUCUAAGCCUGGGGAACCAGUGAAAGAUAUUGCUCAGGCACCUCAAAAAUCACCACAGACUCUGAGGCAAGGAGUUCUUGUUUCAGCACCCCAAGAGCUAGAGAGCAAGAUUCCAAAGUUGGCUGCCCAAGAGGAAGAGAAGACAGUGGUUUCAGAGUUUUGCAAAGGGCCAAAGUAUAAUGAGGCAAGCAAAGACACUAAAUGUCAGAUGCUCAGAAGAGAUGAGGAUCAGGGUAAACCUCUUUCAUCCGCACCAGAGGAGAAAAAAAGAGAAAGGGAUAAGGAGGUAGAGAAGAGAGGAAGAAAAUCCUCCUCCUCCAGUGAUUCCUCCUCCUCUGACACGGACUCUGGGUCUUCAUCCUCCUCGCAAUCCUCCAGUUCAUCAUCUUCCUCACAUGAGAAAACCCGUUCCACUUCAGGUGGUACAAGGUCUAAAGAAAUCCAGAAGGAUAACCCAUCUCAGCGCACUGAAAAAGUUGGCCAAACUGUGGUUGUGACUGGAAAAUCUGCUAUAUCCCAGCGCAAAAAACGAGGCUUCACGGAGCAGGAUAAGAAAGAAAUGAAAAAUGAGGAUGCCAUCCAAACCAAGAAGCCCUGCCUUGAACUACAGGAUGGGAAGAAAGAAAAGAGAGGAAGAAAAGAAGAUAUUAAGGAAGAUGACACUCGCAAAGACACUAUGAGUACUGAGGUGAAGGAAGCUGUCAUGGCCGAGCCUGAGAAGGUUCCAGAGAGCAGUGAGGAGAGCACCACACCAAAGGUCUUCUCUGCCCGAAAAAUCUUGCUCGGCAGCAGCAAAUCAUCUCCUGGUGUGGUUGGUUCUGAGGGAGAAGCAGAGACCGCAGGGGGUGCUGGUGCUGGCAGGAAGAGGAGAUGGGGCGCUAGUACAGCUGUCACUGCCAAGAAACCCUCCAUCAGUAUCACCACAGACUCUUUGAAGUCUUUAAUUCCAGACAUCAAGCCUAGCUUGGGCCAGGAGGCAGUGUUAGACCUGCACCCAGAAGAGAUGCAUCUCUCUGGGGAAGAGGGAGGAGGAGAAAGGGGUGACCAAGACCUGAAAAUCAGGCGGACUGUUACACAGGUUGUUCCUUCUGAUACGCAAGAGAAUGGACAGAAAGAAUCAAAAAGAAGUGAACCUGAAGAUGAGGUGGAAAGAAGUGAAGGGCCGGAUCGACUUGGCCAGGAGGAAACAAUGGAAGGCUCUAUUCAGAUUUCCAUGGAAACAGAGCUGUCCUCCCCAGGGCAUGAUGUUGAUACGAAGACAGUGACUCCUAUUGACACACUGAUCCGGCGUUCCAUUAGCCAGCAGAAGUCUGGAGUAAGUAUCACCAUUGAUGACCCUGUCCGCACAGCCAAGCAACCCUCUCCACCUCGCAGCAAGCUGACUAGCAUCAUCCAUGUCUGCAACCUGGUGAGACCAUUUACCCUGGGGCAGUUGAAGGAGCUACUUAACCGCACAGGGACUGUAGUAGAUGAAAGUUUCUGGAUCGACAAGAUUAAAUCUCAUUGCUACGUCACAUACACCAGCACAGAGGAGGCGAUGGCCACACGGACAGCUCUGCAUGGAGUUAAAUGGCCUCAGAGUAACCCUAAGUUCCUCUGUGUUGACUACUGCACACAAGAGGAGUUGGACUUCCACAGGGGUCUGGGUCCAGCAGGAGAAAAGCCAGCAGAGGAGGUCCGUGGGGCAGCAGCCGCUGGACCUGGGCGUGCGGUCCCCCCGCCUCUCCUUCCAGAGCGUGAUCAGUGGGCAGAACGUGAAAGGGAAAUGGAAAGGAGGGAGAGAGCACGUGCAGAAAGGGAAUGGGACCGGGAUAAGGUGAGAGAUUUCAGUAAACUUGGAGAGGAACGGGAAGCUGGGGCCAGACGAUCACGUUCUCGAGAUCGCGAGAGGCGGCGCAAGGACAGAGGAAAGAGCAAAGAGAGAAAGACUGACAAGAAGGAAAAAGGGCCUGAAGAGCCACCUGCUAAAUUGCUGGAUGACCUGUUCUGCAAAACUAAAGCGGCACCUUGCAUAUACUGGCUCCCCCUCACUGAGGAACAGGCUGCACAGAAAGUAGCAGCUCGUGCCGAGCGCAUGAGAGAACGUGAGAAAAGGAGGAAGGAGAUGGAGGAAGAGGAGGAUAAGAAACGUGAAGAGGAACGCAGGGAGCGAAUGAAGACCAGUGGUGGUGCUGUAGGAGAAAAUGAGAGGGAACGAGACCGAGGUAGAGAGAGGGAACGAGAGGGAGGUAAACGAAAGGAGACUUAUCGCAGGCCUGUUGGAAACAGUGCAAGCGGGAGCAGGAGAUCACGCAGCCGCAGUGACCCUCCACCCAGAGACCGACGACGCUAAAGAGUUUGGAACUGUCCAGUUUGCGACUGUUCUUGUAUGUGCUGUAACAGCUCUAUGCCUACCUUUCUGAGGAUUAACUCAGACUGUAAAAACACACUCAAUAUACAUUGGGACCACAGUGGUGCUGUGUCUCCAUAUAGACUCUUGUCUCUUGACUGGGCUUUAAGACUCCUGGUGUUCAUUUUCCCUUCUCAGUGUUAAUGGACUUAUGGUAGAAGUGAGCCGGACAGCAAGACAUUGUCUCAUUUGAAACAUUACCAGCUGAUGGUAGGCAGGGCUCCUUGUUCCUCUGAGAUCUGUUUCAGAGCCCUAACCCAUAGCCUCUGCCUUCUGUCAUGUUUUUUGAGGCAGGUUUGGUUAAGUCCUCUUUCUUCUUCAGUGUAGUGUUAACACAUGGAAGAGUGAAGCUGACUUCUAAAAAGAGAUGCUCUGAAUGCUUUGGUGUGACUCUUGUCCAGCUCUUGACUUUAUCAUGCAUUUUCCCUUUUGUUUCCCUCACAUUCCUUGUAUCCUUUUUUUGAUUCCAUAUUGUCUGCCUUUUACCACCCCUUUGCCGUUGCCAUGGAGAGUGGGAUGCAUAUUUAACCUUUUCACGUUGAUUUUAAUGUUUUUUUUAUUAUUGUUGUUGUUUUGGCAUAAAAGCUGACAUUGUUUUCUUGUUUAUUUUUACUCCUGUAAGUGCUGAAUGUACAAAUAAUAAAAAGGUUACAUCUAAGAA